AUGCACCGCGUGGGUAGUACGGGUAACGCAAACAAUUCAACUCGUCCUCGAAAGGAGAAAAGAUUAACGUAUGUGUUGAACGACUCUGACGACACAAAGCAUUGUGCAGGCAUAAACUGUCUUGCCCUACUUACAUCUGCAAUAUCUGAUGGGUCAGAUUAUCUCUUUACCGGAAGCCGUGAUGGCAGGCUAAAACGAUGGGCGCUUUCUGAGGAUGUGGCAACAUGCUCUGCCACCUUUGAAUCUCAUGUGGACUGGGUUAACGAUGCUGUUCUUGUCGGUGACAACACACUCGUUUCUUGUUCUUCAGAUGCAACCCUUAAGACAUGGAAUGCUUUGUCCACUGGAACUUGUGUUAGGACACACCGCCAACACACUGAUUAUGUUACUUGCCUCGCAGCAGCUGGAAAAAAUAGCAAUAUUGUUGCCUCUGGUGGCCUUGGCGGGGAGGUUUUUAUGUGGGAUAUUGAAGCUGCACUUGCUCCAGUGUCUAAGUGCAACGAUGCUACGGUUGAUGAGUCUACUAAUGGUAUUGCCAACUCAUUACCUUCGACAAACUUGCGUAAUAUCAGCUCAAGCAACAGUAUAUCCUUGCACACUACUCAAACUCAAGGGUACAUUCCAAUUGCUGCCAAAGGCCAUAAGGAGUCUGUUUAUGCAUUGGCCAUGAAUGAAGGUGGGUCGAUUCUUGUCUCAGGUGGCACAGAAAAGGUUGUACGUGUUUGGGACACAAGAUCAGGAUCAAAGAUUCUAAAGCUUAAAGGGCACACAGAUAACAUCAGGGCUCUACUUCUGGAUUCUACUGGCAGAUAUUGUUUGUCAGGAUCUUCAGAUUCUAUGAUAAGGCUUUGGGAUAUAGGUCAGCAGAGAUGUGUUCAUUCCUAUGCAGUUCAUACAGAUUCUGUUUGGGCACUUGCCAGCACCCCAACAUUUAGUCAUGUUUAUAGUGGGGGCCGAGACUUUUCAUUAUACUUGACAGACUUGCAAACAAAAGAGAGUAGUUUGCUUUGCACCGGCGAACACCCUAUUCUUCAAUUGGCUUUGCACAAUGAUAGCAUAUGGGCUGCAUCAACAGAUUCUUCAGUUCAUAGAUGGCCUGCUGAAGGAUGCAACCCUCAAAAGAUUUUCCAAAGAGGCAAUUCCUUUUUAGCUGGAAACUUGUCCUUUUCAAGAGCAAGGGUGUCACUAGAAGGAGCUCUCCCAGUUCCUUUAUAUAAAGAACCCACCUUAACUAUCAAGGGAACCCCUGGAAUAGUGCAACAUGAAGUUUUAAAUAACAAGAGGCAUGUGUUGACAAAGGAUACAUCUGGUUCAGUGAAGCUUUGGGAGAUUACUAAAGGUGUUGUGGUUGAAGAUUAUGGGAAGGUUUCAUUUAAGGAGAAAAAGGAAGAGCUAUUUGAGAUGGUAAGUGUUCCCGCGUGGUUCACUGUGGAUACGAGGCUCGGAACUUUGUCCGUCCAUUUGGAUACUCCCCAGUGCUUUUCUGCAGAGAUGUAUUCAGCAGAUCUUAACAUCUUCGGGAAGCCUGAAGACGACAAGGUUAAUUUGGGUCGAGAAACCCUAAAAGGACUCUUGGCUCAUUGGUUAAGAAAACGAAAGCAAAGAAUGGGGUCUCCAGCUUCAGCCAAUGGAGAAUUAUCUGGAAAGGAUGUUACUUCUAGAAGUCUUAUCCAUUCGAGAGCUGAGGUUGACGUGAGUUCUGAGAAUGAUGCUAUGGUUUAUCCUCCGUUUGAAUUCUCAGUUGUUUCCCCUCCUUCAAUUGUUACCGAGGGCACUCAUGGAGGUCCGUGGAGGAAAAAAAUAACUGAUUUAGAUGGAGCGGAAGAUGAGAAAGACUUUCCCUGGUGGUGUCUAGACUGCGUUUUGAAUAAUCGGUUACCUCCCAGAGAAAAUACAAAAUGCAGUUUCUAUUUGCAUCCAUGCGAAGGCUCUCCAGUCCAGAUCCUGACACAAGGAAAGCUAAGUGCUCCACGUAUAUUAAGAAUUCACAAAGUUAUUAAUUAUGUGGUAGAAAAGAUGGUGCUCGACAAACCUUUGGAUAACAUACUUGCUGAUGGUAAUUUUCCCCCUGGACUUACUGGGUCACAGUCACAACUUCAAGCAGUCGGAGAUGGAUCUUUCCGAUCUGGAUCUGGAUUCAAACCUUGGCAAAAGCUUAAACCUUCAAUUGAAAUAUUGUGCAACAAUCAGGUGUUAUCUCCUGACAUGAGCUUAGCCACUGUGCGAGCUUAUGUAUGGAAGAAAUCAGAUGACCUGGUCCUAAAUUACAGAGUUGUUCAAGGAAGGUGA